CUUUUGCUUCGUAAGGACGACCUUGAAAAGUGGUCAAGGUCGUGGUCCGCUAUUAAUGUCUGAGGUUAGUCGUUAGAUUUCGGUAACAUUCCUGAGUAGUCUGCGUGUGAUCACCUCAAGAGAUUCUUAUCAGAAGUUGAUGGUAUACUUGGAAUAUUUGUUGCUGAUAAGGAUGGCGUUGUCAUUGCGAGCGCUUCUCUGGAUGACAUGCCAGACCAAGCCCGAUUACCAUAUGUGACUGCGGCAUUCAUCGUAUCUUUACAGCAAGUGAAUAAAAUGGACCUUGGGAAAAUGGAAUGGAUGAUCACUAGUUACCAAGAGAUGGUGAUAUGCCAGUUUCACUUUUCAUAUCGAUCAGCCUUUCCAUUAUUUUUGACUGUUGUUGGUUCAAGUGAAUGCAAUAUAGGAGCUAUAAUCGCACUUGAACCGUCUAUUCGUCCAUUAUUAAAUCGAUUAGCACCGGAGGCAGCAUCAAGAUUACAAAAUGAAGCUAUGCUAAGUCGAACUACGAGUGGCCCUUAUUUCCGAGUGUAAUAAACACACAUACAUACACACACACAGCACGGUGAUUUGAAUUAUAAAGUCAUCAUUAUCUUGUUGAUUCAUUUUGAUAUUUAUUACUAUUUUUUUUUGAAGAAAAUAUAAUUAUCUAUGCUUUCU